AGCCCUUUACCCUCUCACUCGAUUUCCUUUCCUUUCGUUUCUUUGCUUCUAUUUUCUCGCGUUUUCUUGUUUCUCUCUCUCUCUCCCAACUCGGUCGACAGACUCCCUCUUCUUGGAUCGAAUUCCCCACCAGAAAAAUAUCCCUAACCCAAAAAAAUUCAUUAAAUAGGAAAAAAACCCAGAUUUUUAUUUCACUUUUUUGCCUCGUAGUUUCCACUCUUUGCAAAACCUCCUGCUUCUUCUUCUUCUUCUUAAUCUGUUUCUUUUCCCUUCUUCGUGAAUUCGAUACCAAGAGAUUCUGUUGGUGUUAUCUGUCGAUUGUGGUUGCGGUUCUGUGAAGCUGAAUUAGGGUUCUGUUCUUCCAAUUUGCGACUAAAUUCGUUACAUAGGAUGGCCUUGAAUUUUUCUCAUCGACAUCACUUUCCGGGGCAUCUUCCUGACGAAAAUUUGGUUUCCCCAAUGAGGAUUGCGAAUGGGUAUCUUGUGGAGGGUAUACAGGACAAGGUUGAGAAUUGCUUUGACUAUGGGAGGGAUAGGACCGAUAGGUGUGGCUCACAGGAGUCUGUGCAUAAGGACAUUCUUGAUCUUUUGCCAUCGGAUCCCUUUGGUAUGGACAUAAGCACUACAUUUACUGCGAUUACAGGUUGGCUUGAAGAUUUAGAGGUGGACUAUGGUGGGUAUGGUAGGAAUCAAGUUGCCACGAGUGAUGGGAAUUAUCAGUUGUUUGCUGGGUUGAAUUUUAUUUGGAACAAUGCAAUGAGGUUCCAAGGGUUUGAUAAUAGCUUGAAUGCAGCUGGGUUUGAUAAUAGCUUGAAUGCAGUUGGUGGAUUUGGUGAUGGAUUUCUAGAGAAGGAAGCAGGGGGUGCAUCUGGCCAUGGUGCUUUUGGAUUGCCUUGUAAUGUGGAAGACAUUAUGAGCCUGGGAAACCAAUUAAUCGGCAUUAAAGAUGCUGGUAAUGUGGAUAUAAUAAUUGGAGAAUCUUAUGAGGGUAUUGGGAUGCGUUCUGAUGGAGAUGUGGGAGCUCCUCAUGCAGCCUUUGGUUUUGCUCUUGGUUAUCUUGGUGUACGGGAUCUUCUUGUUGUUGAAAUUGUAUGCAAAUCAUUACGUUCUACAGUUCGAAAUGACCCACUUUUAUGGAGGAGCAUUCACAUAGAUCAACCAUUGAAUGAGAAAAUCACUGAUGAUGUUUUUUUGCAAUUAACUAAUAGGGCUCAAGGUAACUUGCAUUGCCUGAGCCUGAUUGAGUGUCCAAGAAUUACUGAUGAUGGGUUGAAAUGUGUCCUUCAAAAUAACCCUAGGCUAACCAAGCUGAGUGUACCUGGAUGUACAAGACUCAGCAUUGAAGGCGUUGUAACUAGUUUAAGGGCAUUCAAGACUAUGGGUACACAAGGGGUGAAGCAUUUGAGGAUUGGUGGGCUCUAUGGAGUGACACAGAAGCAUUUUGAAGAACUGUUGUUUUUAUUGGGCUCAAAUAUGCAGAUGCAGCGGAAUGCCCACAAACCACAUUUUUAUCACAGAGGAAACUUUUAUCUGUCAUGUGAGGAUGAUCGUACUAUUGAUAUUGAGAUGUGCCCAAGGUGCCAGAACUUGAGGUUAGUAUAUGAUUGCCCUGCAGUGGAAUGUCAGCAGAAAGAACAUUCUACUUGGGCAUGUAGGGCAUGCACACUUUGUAUCUCGCGGUGUGUUCAUUGUGGCCGGUGUAUUAAUGACAAUGAAUACGUGGAAACUUUUUGCCUUGAGUUGCUCUGUUCAGAUUGUUGGAAGCAACUCCAGAAAUGCAAUGAGAAGCAAAUAGAUGGCAAGAUUGGUGCACCCAUGUCUUCCUCUCUUGGUGGAUCUAGCUGUGGCCUUCGUCUUCAUGGCUAGAGAUAGUUGUCUGUUUGUGUCUUCUGGUUGCAUGUUAAGAUUGAGAUGUGCAUAAUUUGUUCUUUAGAAUUUAAGCAGAAAAUAUGAGGCGGCCAUCUUGGUUUAUGGUUCCACUUGUGUCUUGUUUUGCCUUCUGAACGUGCUGACUGUUUCAGAAGAAGCUAUUGUUGGGUCGCAAGGUUUAUUUGGGUGCAGAUCAGAUUGAGUGCCCUUAUAUAUUGUUGUGUGGAAAAAAGGAAGGGAAAAAAAAAAGGAAUAACAGAAAUAGAAGAAAAAAAAAAGAAAGAAAGAAGGGUAUGAUGUUCCGAGGCAUUUCACUAGCUCUCCGCAUAUCGUUCACAGUGAAGGAUCUUAAGUUCUGGUUUUUCUUUUAUUUGGCAUGUAGCCUAAUAAGAGACCCAUGAAGAACGCAUUCCUUUGCCCAUGAUGGGCAGAAAUGGCAUGUUAAUCUGUGUGUAAGUGGGGUCAGAUUUAUUCUGCAUUGGCCAUGAAAGGAGUUAUAUGUCGUCAAUGAUAGAAAGUGGCUUGUCUGGUGCACAUGUUGUAAAUGAGAUCAUAUGCCUGCAUCCUGCUUCCUUAAAACCAGCAGUGAUUUAUUUUUUAUGUGAAUGUUAGCAUACAAGAUCUUCGUCUCCUGAGGAGCUGGAGCUAUUAGACUCCUGCUUGCUGUGAAGCGGAUUCUGAGCUGCAGGCUCCUCUCAGUGAAGUGCAUACUUUUGGAUGGAGUCAACGUUUCGCCAGAGCUCUCGACUUCUAGUUGGGGACUUGCAUAUCCAUACUUCCGGUGCUGGUAGAGUACUUCAUGUUAUUGGCUCGUAGCUUGCUUUCUACAAAUGAGAAAAGGAACAAUCUGUUUUACCUGCUACGGUGGAUUUGUAAUAUGCAUUAGUAGUAUGGGGCUUGUAUUGAGCCUCAUUUUUCUCUAUUAAAUAAUAAUAAUAAUAAUAAUAAUAAUAAUAAAAGAAAUUGAAUA